GUCUUUGGCAUCAACCAUUUGUUGCUCUAACGUGCUCGUGUGCAGUGUGCAAGAAGAACCGAUCUCCGAUCCCGUGGUGAAUGUCCUCGUGUACAAAGUGCUGUUUGGCAAAAGGUGCCGAAAGGGCAAGUGUGUACUAAAAUAAGUCUGCCGUUAAGUCUGGUUCCGUGCUGCAGUGUGGUGACCGUCGGGGGGUAUUCGUUGACUUGGUGUAAACACCGCCACCGCACGCCAGUAGGACCAGAAAUAUUCAAGUUUAAAUAACCACUCAAAGAUGCAUCAGCUAUCCACAAUCUGUUUCACCCUGGUCAUAGUUUCUGUACUGGUACAGAGUACAAACGGAAAAAGAGGAUGCGCUGCUUUUGGCCAUGCAUGUUACGGAGGACAUGGCAAACGAUCAGGAUCGUCCGCAUCCACCCUUUAUCCGGAUGGUCUUGAUCCCUCCAUGGUUGGGCUGGAAGUUCUACCAAUCCCAUACUCGAAGCUGGCCUUGGACAAAUCUAGAUCGAUGGAUUCUGCACCAGAAGGCAUGCGUUUGACAAAUGUAUAUGGAUUUGAUGUGCCUGCUGCUUCAACCCACCGCACAGAAACGCGACCAGGAGAACUAAAAUAUGCAAUCUACGCAAUGCUAAGACAGCUGAUGGAUGAAGCAGCAAUCAAUCGACAGGAACAAUCGCAUCAACAACAACAGGCACAAACGCUGAAUCAACCUCCAUUUCCACACGAGGCUGCGAGUGUAAGCGAUAUUGAGCGCAAGUAAAACUAUGUCGAGUCAAAUUUCUUUGACCAAAUGGAUCUACUGCUCAUCUUGUCAAGAAAUUGUAUCCUGAAUUUAAUGAGUUUAUAUUUGCGUGAAGAAAGAAAAAAAAGCACACACGCAAUUUAGUUAAUUAUCGGCACCAAUUUAGAGACUAAAAAAUAAUCUGCUCCAGCAGUUAACCAUUAGCGUUGAGCAAUGUAAAUAUAACCAGAAAAAAAUACGCAGCACGGUGAAAAAAUGUGUUAAAUAGUUACAUAAGCAAUGAUUGCCAAACGCAAAUGAGGAUGUAAUAAAACAAAUAGUUAGACGGAA